CUAUGAGCCGGACGCAUGUGGUACAUGUGACGCUUCGCGUUCAAAAUCCGUGCCUGAAUGCGCACAUAGCAAGGUCACUCUAAAUAGGUCGCGAAGCUUGGAACGAAAAGCGUGCCAAAACCUAUCGCCAAAGAUAUCAGUUAGUAGUGCACGAUUGAAGCGCGACUAGGUGAGGGGGGGACAAACACUGAAACUAGAAAACCUAUGCGAAAAAAAAUGAGCGCAAAUACUGUCAUACGAGUAAAUAUUCCGUUUCAAGUAUUUUUCCUGUACUAAAACAACAAAUGUUAAUUUUCUUCUAUUCCACAAUUUAUUAGUUCGUUCUUGGGGACCCCUACCAACCAGUGAUUCUGGCGCAAGACUUGGCAAGACUGUGCAAACAAGCUAUUGUCGAAAUGCCGGACGCCAAAGAAAUUCAAACAUUCGCGCCAAGCAGCAUAAGACCUUGACGUCACUGUCAUUUCCGGUUGUGACGUCACUUUUUUAUUUUUUAUUUUUUGCUUGCUGUUGUCCCCACAAUACGUAGAUGGCGACGGUUGCAACGAGCCGCCGUUUUCUUGACUUGUGGGCUUCUAUGGAAGCUUCGCUACCAGUUUACAUAUACCUUGCACAUAGCUCGUGCGAGUGUGCGUUCAAAUAUUCAGUGCGCACACACUUGAUGUAACCCUUCGAGAAACGCGGACGUUAGUUCGCGAAUAAACCGCGGUUUCGUAACCCGUUCCGCUCGCUCGCCUGAACCGCGCGGAUUAGACGAGGCUCUUUGCGACGACACUGUAAUAGCAUGACACAUGGCGUGGCACAUUUUAACGCUUGGCUUGCCUGAAGUUUGAUGUGAAGAAGAAAAAAAAAGAAAGAAAGAAAGAAAGAGAGAGAAAGAAAAGAAACAAGAAACAAAAUCACAACUUCAUUCCUUUUUCUUUCUUUGUUUUCUUUUCGCUGAGCCAAAUUCGUAAUCUUCUUUCAUGCUUCAGACAGACGCUUACGUCAGCUCGGCUGCAAGACGUAAUGAUUAAAAAAAAGAGAAGUCAGGUAAUAGAUCUUCAAUAAAAGAAAUUAAGGAACGUUUUUUAGCUAUUUACUGAGGCUACCUUAUCGGAUUCGCCUCACGUGUGCAGCCUCAGUGGCGGCAAGAGGGCUUCUUCCGCGUGAGCGAGGUCAGAGGGACGUGAAAGAAGAAGAAACUCGUCGUAUCGAGCGCCGGCCCAUAUUGUGUCGGUGAGCUCCUUUCCGCGUCAAAAAUGCUUCAAUAGGCUGUUAAUCUUCACGGUGGUGCUUGAAAUAAGUAUCGCUAACCGUUUCCUCGCGACGUGUAGGCGAAAGAAAGGAAAAAAAGAAACUUCUUUCUCAAUUUUAGUAGCUGUACCUUUGCUCUCAACAUUUUGCCUUUAAUACGAUCGCGUUCUCUAUUCCAGAGGAGGAGAUGUGCUUCACUAACACACCAGGAACAAUCAAGGCACUGGCAGCCUUCUGCUUCUGCGUCAACAUGUUCAACCUCGUGUACCUCUUCAUGCGGUACCAAGAGUUGCUGCCCGCCCAGGCCCAGCAACUCAGAAGCCAAAUCGAGAGCGUGAUGCCUGACGUCAAGAAUCUUGACAAAUACAUGGCCCGAAGAGACGGUGUCAUCUUCGUCAGCCUUUUUGCGGGCAUCAGCGUUCUGUUCGACUAUGUCCUCUACGUGGGAGUAGACAGUCAGAAGCCCAGGCUGAUCUUGUGCGCAUGGACGUGGGGCAUCAUCGACAGUUCCUUCGACGCCGCCAUCGGGAUCGCCUCGGGAAACAUGAGCUUCAUGGAUGGCCUCGCAAGGACGCCCGCACCAAUCGAAGUCGCAGUGCUGACAGAGAAGCCAUUAUUUCACGUGUACGGCAAAUCUAUCCAAAGGCUCGAUGCGGCGCCAGAGCUCCGGUCGCCAUUGACGCCAGCGACGCCCGCCGAGAAAGGUCCACACGACAACGAGACCCAAUCCUCCGCGCGAGCCCCGAGAGAGCAGGUCAGCGACUACCAGUCUACCAUUGUCGACCACGAAGCCUAUCGACUUACGCAAGAACAAAGCACGGUCCUGCUGCUGUACGUUCUACUUCGACUGAUAUUUAAGGUGGUGGCACUGUCCGGCAUCAAGGACUUCGCCAGCCGUGUGGCCAUCGAGUGCGAGAAGCGGAACCUGGCGCUACAGCUCGGCCACGAGGCAGAGACGGUGUCCCUCGAAGAGCCGGACGUGGCGGGGCCGCCCAAGUCGAAGCGCAAGAUCGCCAUGCCGCAGGAUGUGCCUGCACCGAGACCGCCGCCCCCUCCGGUGGUUCCACCGUUUAUCCCGGGUAUGCCGGGAAUUCCGUUUCCUCCUCCGCCCGGGUUUAUUGCGCAGCCGCUUCCGGGUGGCAGAGGGCCUCCGCCUCCUCCUGGGAUGCUGGGGCCCGCCGAAAUUCGGUCGCCCGCUUCCCCGGGGUUCCUCUUCCCGCCACCGUCGGUGCUUCCCUACCCCACGGUGGACCCUACGGCGUUCGGGAAUCGGCCCCAGUGAAAAGGGGCGUGAGGCGCCCACGGCACAGAGGAAACUGUUGGGUGCGCGGUCUGCCGAGCCCCGCAGAGCCUCUGCCGUCCGCAAACAGGAUUAAAGUUUGGUGAUAUUAUCG